AUUGCAAAAUUCAUUAUAUUUUUCAAGAAUAAAAAAAUAUUAUACCGAAUUUAAAAUAUGUAUCGAUAAAAGGUUAUUCUACCUGCACGGAACGUUGACUAGAACAGAGCCACUACCACCUGAAUGCUGACUGGAACGUCGGCUGGAACUGAACAAAGUUUUUUAGAAAAGGAAAAUGAAUGAGGAACCCAAUUUUAAACGAAUCUUUUUGGACACCCACCUCACUAAAGAAUGCAAGCAAAAAAUGUGGGACGGGGACAUUGACAUAUAUAACUUGGAGGAAUUGAAGUUUUGUACGGAACGAGCCAAAAAAGUAUAUGGGGGUUAUUUGAGUGCGAUGCGUGAGGUUUACGGGCCGAACUAUAGCGAGUUUCCAGAUGACCCUGAGGUGUGGGCACGUGUGGUCGGACAAGGUCGCGCGCGCCGGGUAUACGGGAUAGGUUCUUCGGAUCUAGAUUAUUUGGUGACCGGGACAUCUUCUUCUGUCGGGUCUGCACCAUCUCAGGCAGAGUACCAACGGUCUCAAGAAGAGGUUCAAGUUAUGCGAACUCAAAUGGUAGAUCUUGAAGUUCGGCUUCAACAACAACUUCAAGAAUUUAUGCAAAAUUGGCGUCCUCCUUCUAGUUAGUUAUAGUUUCUGAUAUCUUUUGGGAAAUAUGUUAAAUUGUAUUAGUUUACGGUUCAAACAUAUUUGAACUUGCGUUGCAACGCAUGAUUUUUGAAUUUGUGUUAUUGGAAUUUCGAUGAAUUUUGUAAAACAGGUUCUUGGUAUCAAAGAUUAUUCCUGCA